AUGUCCGGCCCCAUGUCUGGCCCCGGUAGAGAAAAAGACUCGCGCGACGGCUCGCUCAGGCUGGGCCAGGGCCGUGUUCCCUCUACCGCUCUUGGCUCGCCCGCCCCGCUGUACGGCUCGGUCAGCGACAGCGACGGCUCGCGAUCGAUAGGGUCGGCCGGUACAUCGCGACACGUUGUGCGUGUGCGCGAGUCGCCUGUCCUGACACUAUCCCAGAAAGCGGCGUAUUACCUGCCCUGCUCGUCGUGGUUGCCCGCAUACGGCCUCGACCUGUUUGUGCACGACGUGGUGGCCGGGCUGUCUCUGGCGUCGUACCAGAUCCCGCUGAGCAUGUCUUUCGCCAACGCGGUGGCCCACGUGCCGCCCGUGUGCGGGCUGCUGGGGCUGUCGCUCGCGCCCGCUGUGUACGCGGUGCUGGGCACCGUGCCUCAGAUGAUUGUGGGGCCCGAGGCGGCCGUGUCGAUGAUCGUCGGGCAAGCGAUCGAGAAAGUCGUCAAGCACAACGACGGCGUGAACCCUGUGGAUAUUCUUGUGGUGAUCACGUCGUUUUCAGGCGCGAUUUUGCUUGUUUUCGGGCUGCUGCGUUUCGGUUUCAUCGACAACGUGCUGUGCGGCACGCUGCUCCGCGGAUUUGUUGCUGCGAUCGGGCUCACCAUGAUUGUCAACUCGACGAUCGCGAUUCUCGGCAUCGACACGGUGUUGCUGCUGCUGCCUCCCGACGAGCACGUGCACUCGGCCGCCGAAAAGGUGAGAUUCAUCUGGCAGCACGGCCACCAGUACCACGCGGCCACGCUCGUGGCCGGCACCGCGGCGUUGUUCGUGCUGCUCGCAGCCAGCACGCUGAAAAAGACGCUUGCCCGACGUCACGUGCGCGCAGCGUCUUUUUUCCCCGAGAUCCUGUUCGUGGUGGUGCUCUCGACCGUGCUUUCUGCGCACUUCCGCUUCGACAAAAAGGGGAUCCGCGUGCUCGGCAAGGUCGACAUCGACGAGUUCCGGUUCACGGUGCCCUUCCGCGGCGAGCUGCGGCAAUGGUAUCCGCAGCUGUUUUCGACGUCGUUCAUGUGUGCCAUACUGGGCUUCUUCGAGAGCUCCUCAGCGGGCAAGAGUCUUGGUUCCAGCCUCCCGAUGCCCGUCUCGUCAAACAGAGAGCUCGUGGCGCUCGGCACGGCCGGUCUCGCGCUCAGUUUCGUCGGCAGCCUGCCCUCGUUUGGUGGCUACGGCCGUUCCCGGCUCAACUCGUUCAUCGGGGCGAAAACCCCCGUUGCCGGCCUCGUCAUGGGGCUGGCCACGCUGUUGGUCACCACGUGCCUGCUCAAUUACGUCUACUACCUGCCGUUGUGCGUGCUGAACGCCAUCAUCGCCACGGUCGGCCUCGCGCUGGUCCAGGAGACUCCACGUGACGUGCGGUUCCAUCUGCGCACGCGCGGCUACAACGAGCUGGCCACGUUCGUCGUCACGCUCGUCGCGUCGCUCGUCUACUCGAUCGAGCUCGGCGUCGCGCUCGGCUGCUUUUACUCGGUCAUUCGCGUGAUCAAACACUCCACAAAGUCGCGCAUCCAGAUUCUGUCCAGGGUGGCCGGCACAGACGAGUUUGUCAGCUCGGACUUUGACGAAAACGCCGUCGGCCUCUCCGACACCACCGCGUACCCGUGCGAGGAGAUUAUCCCCGGCUACUCAGAAUAUCGCCGCCAAAGCUGUGCCGGCCAAUCGGCCACCAACAAGCCCAGCCUCGAGGACAGAGAGGCGUGUCUGAUCGUCAGAGUGCCGGAGCCGCUCACGUUCACCAACACAAACGACCUCAAGGCGCGAUUGCGGCGGCUAGAGCUGUGUGGUUCCGUCAGCGUGCACCCGGCAGCACAGAAAAAUGACCGGCCAAUAAGACAUGUCGUAUUUGACCUCGACGGCAUGACGUCGGUGGACUCGUCCGCCGUGCAGAUCCUCCGAGACGUGAUUGUUGCAUACCAGCGGCGCGGAAUAAACGUCUUCUUCUGCAGGGUUUUCAAGAGUGCGAAAUUGCUCGACCGGUUGCAGCUCUCGGGCAUAGCAGCCCUGCUCCAAACCACCCAGGGCAGCGAGUUCGGCAUCGCGCAAAACUCGCCGCCGUACUACGACGAGAUCCUCGACGCGCUCAGAGCAGUCGACACCGUUGAGACCGCAUGCACGCUCGCCGAAGAACAAAGCCUGGUUUCCUAUUACUACGACGGACUAUAG